AGUAUAAAUAAAAUUUACAGAUAUAAAAGAGUAGAAAGUUAGCAGUUUAGUUCACAUGUUGAGAAUCACAAAGCGCAAUAUGGAGCAUAAGAAUUGUGAUUUCCAACUAGCAGUGUUCAUCAUCUUCCCAUGCCUCGGUUUAAUCCUAACCUUCAACUACUUCAUCUCAUUCAUCACAUGGAUCUUCAAGAUGUGCCUCCGAUCUGAAAAGCACCUCAUCAAAUCCUACGGUUCAUGGGCUAUAAUCACCGGAGCAACCGAUGGCAUCGGAAAAGCCUUCGCUUACCAACUAGCACACAGAAAUCUCAACCUAAUUAUCGUCAGUAGAAAUUCAAAGAAACUCGAAACAGUUGAAAACGAAAUCAAAACAAAAUACCCUCACGUUCAGAUUAAAACCAUCACUGUGGAUUUUUCCGGCGACAUUACGGUGGGUCUCCGGGAAAUAGAAGUUUUGGGACGUGAUUUGGAUGUUGGAAUUUUGAUUAACAAUGUGGGAAUUACUUAUCCUAAGGCUAUGUUCUUUCAUGAAGUGAAGGAGGAAAUGUGGAUGAAGAUUGUUAGUGUGAACAUUGAAAGUAUGAUGAGAGUAACGAAAGGUGUUUUGUGUGGGAUGAUGGAAAGGAAGAAGGGUAUGAUUGUAAAUGUUGGGUCUGGUGCAGGGGUACUAGUGCCUUCACAUCCUCUGUUUACAAUCUAUGCUGCAACUAAAGCUUUUGUGGAUCGAUUUUCAAGAUCUUUAUACGUGGAGUACAAACAAUAUGGGAUCGACGUACAAUGCCAGCUCCCACUUUAUGUUGCGACGAACAUGGUAUCAAAAGUAGCAUAUAUUAGGAGAGAAUCUUUAUUCAUACCAACACCUGAAGAUUAUGCAAGAGCUGCUAUUCGUCAAAUUGGGUAUGGACCAAAGUGCACACCUUAUUGGGCUCACUCAGUUCAAUGGGCCUUUGCACGCUUAAUCCCCGACCCACUUCUUGAUUAUUGGCGCCUGUCCAUUGGUAUGCGACGCAGGAAUCACAAGCACUAGAGUUUGAAUUUUACUUGUAACAAUUGUUGGUAUAAAUAAGGUCAUGUUAUAAUGUGAUAUAUCUUUGUAAAUGUAGCCAAUUUGGUUGGUGUUCGGGAGGUUGGUAACUCUGAAAUUUGAGUACAAAACACACACUUUUCCAAUGUUAUUUAUUUAUUUAUAAGCUAAAUGUUAUUUCUUUAA